AGAGAGAAAGACACACACUCACUCGUAUAGACAGAGAAAAUCAAAUCCCUUGUCCCCAAAACACACACAUAUACAUAUAUAUAAUAUAUAUAUACAUCCAUGGCAGGAGAAUCCUCAAGCAGCAGAAGCAACAGUAACAAUAAUAAUAAUAAUCUGAAAAUCAGAGUGCAAAGCAACCCUUCCGAGUCCCAACUCACCCAACUCGGCGUCAAAUCCUGGCCCAAGUGGGCGUGCUCUCCGGGGAAGUACGAGCUGAAAUUCGAGGCGCAGGAGACUUGCUAUUUGCUGAGGGGAAAAGUUAGGGUUUAUCUGAAGAAUGUUCCAGAAGGGGAAUCUGUGGAAUUUGGGGCUGGAGAUCUCGUCGUCAUUCCUAAAGGUAUCGCCUGCACUUGGGAUGUUUCUCUCCCCGUCGAUAAGCACUACAAAUUCCAUUCUAAUUCAGAUGAUCAUGAUCGUGAUUCUUAGAUUGAAUUAGAUAUAUAUAUUUUCGAUCGUUUGACUGAUCAGCUUAAUUUUGGAUAUCAUCUCUUUGAUUAGUACUGAUUGAUUAAUUUAUAUGUUCAUUUCAUUGUUUUGGGGAUUUGAUUUUGAUUUUGAUUUUGAUUUUGGAUUGAUUAAUUAUGUAUGGAUAGAGACUAGAGAGAUAGAAAAUGUUUUAAUUUAUACACUUGGUUUUGUUGAUGAAUGGUUUUUCAACAACUUUUACUGUUUCAUUC